UUCAAGGCCUGGCUGUUGAUAUAGACUCCAUCGUGCUUAGUGCUGGGCUUCGAUCAGAUUAUUCUUCAACAACAGGAACAGGAAUGAUGAUCUGCUAUUUCAAAUUGAUUGCAUUGACGGGAUACCUAAUUCGCCUCUCCAUAGCAUCCAUUCAGAUUGAAGCUGACAAUUGCAUCACUGACUCGUUGACCAUUUAUGAUUCUCUGAUGCCAAUCAAAAGUAAGAUUCUGUCUCGAAUUUGUGAGCCAACCAACUCCCUUGUGUCUUUUGUUUCUACAAAUAAUAUGAUGUUGGUCACUCUGAAGUCUACACAAGUACAUAAAGUAAAAGAAAUCCAUGGCUAUUUUGAAGUGAUUCCACAAGAAAAAUGUGGCAAAGCUAUCCAGGCAAUAGGAAAUACUGCUUUGGAAGGGAGAAUCACAAGUCCGUAUUACCCAAGCUAUUAUCCUCCAAAAUGCAUUUGUUCAUGGAAUUUUCAGACUUCUCAGAAGAACCUUGGUAUAGCACUGAAAUUUCAAAACUAUGCAAUCAAUGAAAAGAGCAUUAAAGGCUGCAAGUAUGGGUGGUGGAAAAUUAAUGAACGCAUGUACUGUGGUUAUUACAUUGAUCAUCAAACAGUAUUCCGUGUUGCAAGCUUUGUGGCUAAUGUCGAAUUCCAAUGUAGUUCCAAGCUUUCAGAGAGGCCACUUUUGGUGGAAUAUGCAAGCUACAACAUCAGCCAACCCUGUCCUCUUGGAUCUUUUGAAUGCUACACUGGAUUGUGUGUUCGCCAGGCUCAGCGCUGUGAUGGGAUCAAUGACUGCUUUGAUGAAAGCGAUGAACUCUUUUGUGAUGUGUCUAAAGAAAUCUGCAACACCAGCAUCUUAACACAACAACAUUCCCUUUUUUGUGAUGGAAUAAUUGACUGUGAAGAUGGUCAAGAUGAACAAAGCUGCACCACAAGCAUUCCUUGCACCAACAACACUUUUAAGUGCAAAGAUAAUAUUUGCUUCAGGAAAAGAAAUGCAAAAUGCGAUGGGAUAGUGGACUGCCUCGACAGAAGUGAUGAAAGCAAUUGUAGUUGUGGCAGUACAAAAUACAGCCAUAAACUGCACCGGAUUGUGGGUGGUUCUGAUACACAAGAAGGUGAAUGGCCAUGGCAAGUCAGCCUCCUUUAUGGUGGAAUUGCAUAUUGUGGUGCAUCAGUUAUAUCAAAAGAAUGGCUCCUCUCAGCUGCUCAUUGUUUUCAAGGGAACAGGUUAUCAGAUCCCAGAACUUGGAUAGCUCAUUUGGGAAUGCGCACUAAAGGGAAAGCCAAAUUCAUUUCUACAGUGCGAAGAAUAAUUGUUCAUGAGUAUUAUAACAGUAGAAAUCAUGAUUAUGACAUUGCACUGCUACAGUUAAGCACACCAUGGCUGGACACAAUGAGAUGGCUAAUUCAACCGAUAUGUAUACCACCUACCUCAUACAGAGUGCACACUGGAGAGAAGUGCUGGGUAACAGGCUGGGGACAAAAGCAUGAAGCAGAUGAUAAAGGAUCAGCUAUUCUACAAAAAGCAGAAGUAGAAAUUGUGGACCAAACACUGUGUCAUUCAACAUAUGGGCUUAUCACAGCCCGGAUGCUGUGUGCUGGGGUGAUGUCUGGGAAAAGGGAUAGUUGUAAAGGAGAUUCUGGAGGACCUCUAUCAUGUCGAAGCAAAGGUGAUGGAAAGUGGUUUUUGGCUGGGAUUGUCAGCUGGGGUUAUGGCUGUGGAAGAGCCAAUUUUCCUGGAGUAUACACAAGGGUGUCAAAUUUCGCUACAUGGAUCCACAAACAUGUGCCUACAGUUUUUUAAUUCAGCAGCAAUCAAACACAGAGUCAACCAUGAAGUAUUUCCAUUAAAAUAAUACUU